AUGUCGUCUCCGACCUCCUCCCCGAGCACCGCUGCCCGAACCCCUACAGCCCCCGGUGAGGACCCCGGUCCUCCUCUCUCCCUCGCCCCGCUCACCUGCCGCGUCCACCUGCUAUCGCCCGCGCUGCGCGCGCACGCCCACGCACGCCAACACGCGUGCCCGAGCCUCGCCUCGCCGCGCCUCGCUCUGCCGCUGCGCUGCUCGCCCGCAGCUCCGCCGCGCCCGCGCCGUCCGCGCCCGACGCGUGGCUGCGCCCCUAAUGCCCAGUGCGCCCUGCGCCUCGCUUGCGCGCACGCCCGCAGCCCCCUCAUGCGCUUCCCAGCAUCGCCGAUGCUCGCCGACCCGCCGCUCACCGCAGUAGCAAGUUGCGGCUGCUGCUGCUCCUCCUCCACCGUUGCCCCGCUCCGGCCCGUCUCCUCUGCCUGCCAUCAGCCGCUGCUCGCCGCGCGGCGUCGCCAGCCACCGCUCGCGCUCCGAUCCGCCCCAAUGCGGCGCUCGUGCGCGCACGCCCCCUCCCUCGCAUGUCGCCGCCUCCUCCUUCUGCCGUUGCUGCUCCCCUUCCACUCCAAGCCGAACCGGCCCAUCCACACCGGCCACGCCCUGCUUGCCUGCCGCGUCACCACUGCAGCCCUCUGCUGCGAGCUGCUCUGCGCCGCCCUCAUCUGCCGUCCGUCCCGCCUCGCCUCUGCCCCACCGCCUGAGGUCUCCGCCACCUCUUCCCCUACUUUCGCCCGCGCCGCCCCUCCCGUCUCCUCUGCCCCCGAUUGGAUCGGGGGGAUCAACCCCGAUGCCGCCGCGCGGGACCACAUCGCCGAAGCCGCCACCGCCGCCCUCCACGUCGACCUCCCCGUCCUCCUCCCCGCCGGCCUGCCUCCCACCGCAUCCCCCGGUGAGGACCCCGGUCCUCCUCUCUCCCUCGCCCCGCUCACCUGCCGCGUCCACCUGCUAUCGCCCGCGCUGCGCGCGCACGCCCACGCACGCCAACACGCGUGCCCGAGCCUCGCCUCGCCGCGCCUCGCUCUGCCGCUGCGCUGCUCGCCCGCAGCUCCGCCGCGCCCGCGCCGUCCGCGCCCGACGCGUGGCUGCGCCCCUAAUGCCCAGUGCGCCCUGCGCCUCGCUUGCGCGCACGCCCGCAGCCCCCUCAUGCGCUUCCCAGCAUCGCCGAUGCUCGCCGACCCGCCGCUCACCGCAGUAGCAAGUUGCGGCUGCUGCUGCUCCUCCUCCACCGUUGCCCCGCUCCGGCCCGUCUCCUCUGCCUGCCAUCAGCCGCUGCUCGCCGCGCGGCGUCGCCAGCCACCGCUCGCGCUCCGAUCCGCCCCAAUGCGGCGCUCGUGCGCGCACGCCCCCUCCCUCGCAUGUCGCCGCCUCCUCCUUCUGCCGUUGCUGCUCCCCUUCCACUCCAAGCCGAACCGGCCCAUCCACACCGGCCACGCCCUGCUUGCCUGCCGCGUCACCACUGCAGCCCUCUGCUGCGAGCUGCUCUGCGCCGCCCUCAUCUGCCGUCCGUCCCGCCUCGCCUCUGCCCCACCGCCUGAGGUCUCCGCCACCUCUUCCCCUACUUUCGCCCGCGCCGCCCCUACCGUUGCCUCGACGGCGCCACCGGUCCCCCCUGCGCCGGCCCUGCCGGGUCCGCCCGUACUGGGCGUGCGCCCGCUCGGGCGCGUCCUACGCCCCCGCCCGCUAGCGGCGCCCGAUAGGGGGAUCGACCCCGAUGCCGCCGCGCGGGACCACGUCGCCGAAGCCGCCACCGCCGCCCUCCACGUCGACCUCCCCGUCCUCCUCCCCGCCGGCCUGCCUCCCCACCGCAUGUCGUCUCCGACCUCCUCCCCGAGCACCGCUGCCCGAACCCCUACAGCCCCCGGUGAGGACCCCGGUCCUCCUCUCUCCCUCGCCCCGCUCACCUGCCGCGUCCACCCGCUGUCGCCCGUGCUGCGCCUAGCUGCUGCUGCUGCGCGCGCACGCCCACGCACGCCAGCACGCGUGCCCGAGCCUCGCCUCGCUGCGCUGCUCGCCCGCAGCUCCGUCGCGCCCGCGCCGUCCGUGCCCGGCGCGUGGCUGCGCCCCUAA